CUUGCUCACACUGGCGUUCCAGUCUCGCGACAGUAUCGUCAACAGCGCACGCCAGUCUUGAACUCAGAACGGGACAUUUGUAUGGACAUUUGAGCCUGCUGGUCUAUCCGUCAAAUGCCCCCACUGAGGCCUCUCGCGUCUCUUCCGGCCUCCCGGCGACCUACCACUAGUCCUGGUCAGGCACCCUCUGUAAAGAUAGCCAUACCGAGACUCAAAAUAAAGCCUGGGUGUGAGCCUGUUUCCUUCGGGUCAGCGACCCGCCAGCGUGUCACCCAGGCGUGCGGGCCUUGUCGACAGCGGAAGUCGAAAUGCCCCGGGGACAAGCCAGUCUGCAGACAAUGUCUGGAACUCAACAUAUCAUGUUACUAUACAUAUGGGAAGCGGGAAAUGGCAGAGAAAAACCUAAAACAUUUGUCUAAUAAGAUCCAAGAUUAUGAGGGGUUGCUUCAUGACUUGAGUCUUCGAGCAGACGAUCAGGACGCACAACUUAUAAGAAUGACACUACAGAAGCACUCCGAGCGGGAAGAUACCUUGGAAUCUUUGGAAACUUCAUCCUUGACCGAGGCUGAUUUAACAGAAGAUUCCCCUCGAGCAUCCUCGGUCGAGUCCGCAGCGUUUAUGGAUGACCAUGCCGAGGAAGAUUUUAACCGAAGCGAGAGAGCGCAAGCUACGGGCUUCAUGGGCCAAAGUUCUGAGAUAAGCUGGAUGCAAAGAUUGCAAAGAGAAGCCGACCAUGGCUCAACCCAGCAACAUGAUGAUCAUUUUAAUGGCCCCGACGGGUUACACGCGGUUCCUGAAUCGGACAUUAAUGAUGUCUAUAAGGAUACAUCCACUACCUCCGCAAGCUAUCACCUUGAUGACUUGGGGGUCUCCAUUUCGGAAGCAGUUGAGCCUUACGCAAUACCCCCAAGGGAAACCGCCGACAAACUCUUCAAUGCCUACCUUGUCUCGGUACAUCCCUCUUUCCCGAUCAUUGGGAAAGCAGUUUUCACUUCACAGUAUAACUUAUUCUAUGACCAGCCUUCCGCAAUGCCAGGCCAUAAGUGGUUGGCAAUAUUGAACAUGAUAUUUGCCAUUGCUGCCAAGUAUUCGCUCCUCAUUCAGGCGGGCGGGGGAGUAGAUGACAGGGACCAUCUGAUUUAUUUUACACGGGCAAAGGCGCUCAGUAUGAAUGGGGAUGCGUUCUUCAGCCACCCCGACUUACAGCGGGUGCAGGUUGAAGGCCUAGUGGCCUUUUACUUUCUGGCGACAGGCCAGAUCAACAGGUCGUGGAAAUUCUCCGGCAUCUCUGUUCGAUCCGCAUUUGCACUAGGGCUCAACCUGCGCAGCGGAACUGCAGAUACCAGUGAUAUUUCAAAAGAGAUACGGUACCGUGUUUGGUGGUCCCUGUACACCCUUGAACACCUACUUUCCACCAUGACUGGCCGACCUGCCAGCAUUGACGAUGGUGUCUGCACAGCGCCCUUUCCUAUUCCAUUUGAGGAAGAAAAUUUUCACGAUGAAAAUGUGAGCCAGCUUCUCAACCUGCAUUCUUUCCGGGACCGACGCGUUAGGAGUACCAUAUCUAGAUUGUCUAACAUAUCAACUCGGACCUCAACCUCGCUGCCGGCAAGCUCCACAUCCGGCCCGGCAGCAAACCAUGAUCAAGCUCAGGAGCAGGUUGAAACCGAUUGGUUGAGGACAAUCACGCCCAAUGCCUCGCUGUACUUUCUCUAUUUUGUUGACCUCACAUCCAUUAUGCAGGAGGUUAUUCGCAGCUUAUAUACCGCUAGAGCAAUUCACACCGCCUGGGUCGAUACUGAACAUCUAAUUGCAAGGUUGAGCUCGAAGACUGAAGCUUGGCGUUCCAGGCUUCCAGAGGCAUAUGAUGUCACCAUCAGGAAGGGAUCCGCAACUUUUCAAAGGCAAAGAUUGAAUCUAGCGUUUCUCUACUAUAGCACUAAAAUAACUCUUACACGCCCUUGUCUCUGUCGUCUUGACCGGCAGGCAGCACACACCCGAAAAUUGAAAAAAUUCACUCACGACACUGCAGCACUAUGCGUCAGCUCGGCUUGUCAUAUGUUAGAUCUGAUACCUGAUGAACCUGAUGCUAUCGGGCUGAGUAAUAUGGCACCAUGGUGGUGCGUAUUGCAUUAUCUUAUGCAAUCGACGACAGUGUUGCUUCUUGAGUUAACCUUUCGCGCACGACAUAUGCCUGAUGAUGCGAAGACUAUUUCGAAUGCAAUGAAAAAGGCCAUUCGUUGGCUCCAUCACAUGUCUCAAGAGAACUCUGCCUCUCACCGGGCAUGGAUGCUCUGCGACGGUUUCGUUCGACGUCUUGCGACUGAUAUUGGGCUCGAUGUCAGUGACUUGCCUAUGCAUCCACGGCAGCAAAACCCUACUGUUAUACAGACACCCACUAUGACUACCACGUCCUAUCCAGAACCAAAUGCUACUCCAUGGGAAGUACCUCAUCAAAACCACCUAGAACCAUUAGCUUCUUCUUUUUUUGUCCCGGUGCCUUACGGCGAAGUUAUGCACCCGGCAAUCUGCACUGACUAUGACGAAUAUCUCCUAUAUACGACAGCUACAGAAGAAACAACUAAUUAUUUUACCCCUACAUUCCCAGAUAUGGAUCAAACGUAAAUUUCAUUUACGUUGCCUUGCUUUUUUCUAAGCCUCCAUCUACUUUUUCCGAUGGCGUUCAGGCUGGAUAUAAUGGUAGAGAAGCAUUAUAGUGAUUGAGAAAUGGCUAUUCACAAUCUCAUGCCUUUUUUUGGUACACCUCAAGUACCUAGCUGGUUUUGUAGCCUCGUAUUUCUCAAGAUUGAUACUGUUGAAUCUUUUUUCCUAUAUGGUUUGCUCCGUCUGCUGAGAGCCCUCAUGAAGACAAAAAUUUUGGCUCCAUGAAGCAGAUCAUACACUCACUUGGCCGACACACCAAAGGUUAACCAUCUGCUUACCCACUGACGGUAUCAAAUCAAUCUACCCUUUCGAUGUUCUGCUAAAGUAUCAUGUUCCUCAAGCAGCUAGUAGGAAAUAGCGAUUGCGAUAACCAUGUUUGGGAGGUGCCUCGGUCAGAUAUAGAACUGCUGGGGAUGUCAGCAGGUUAUUCUAGUACCGGUCUUAUUGCCCUACUCAGCUUAGGCUGGAAGCCCGCUCUUUCUUCUCGAGAUGGAAGUUUCAGGGGUGGCGGGGCGGGAGAAGAGGCUGUCAUGGUUGGGAAAGUAGUGAUGCGGAAAAUGACAAUAGUUCUAGAAAGAUUCAAUUUAUUAGGUGUUACGCAGCGGUUCCAUAACUCAUAUUCAUACAUACAUCUAAGGAAUCCAAAUUGAUGGCGAGCCUGUAACCCUCAUCCCAUUCAAUGAGUCAAUGAGACAAAAAUGACAAAGGAAACAUUGUCGCAAAAGCUUUCAGUUCUUGAUAGAUCUCAUUAGUCCCUGACUCAUUUCAUUUCAACCAUUACAUACUUCGAGCUAACUUCGCUUGAUAGCUGCUUAUUAUGAUGAUCAAGGAUCUCGGAGAGGCUGCUAGUAUGGCAGGAAAAUUCAAAUCCUCGUCCAUUAGCACUAUGCCACAUGUCUUAUGGGUGCGAAACCUCUGUUCUGGUAUGGGGGACGCCUACAUUAGGGUUUUCCAAGUAUCCACUGGCAAGUUGACGUAAUCCGUGUCAGAGACUGACCAUCUUUGUUCCGAGACCGGUUCGUCAUCGGGGUCAUGGUAAAAUGAGACGUAUUUGUGAAGCAAUGCCUGGUUGGCUUGAUAUCUCGCUUUGGGAUCGAAGGCGAGUAAGUGCUCCGCGAGCCCCAUGGCUGGGAGAGGCGGGGAGGCGGGUUAGCUAUCACUGUAAAAGGUUUGUUGGACAGGUCCAUUCCUACCUUCAAGAUCAGUGGUAUUGAUAUAGCACCUCAGGGGCUUGCACCGGGUGUUCAGGAGAGGCUCGAGAUUUUCUGAUAUCUAAAGGUUUUGGUUGAUUAGGCAAAUAAUUAUUUAUUACCCUGCGAGGGUACUUCAGUGUAAUUUGUCAUUGAUACGCACAUUUGCAUCAUCGAUGCCACUCAUCAUACUUCUAGGAGGAUACCCAAUCGCGUGGAGCGAGUUGACUUUCCAGUCUUCGAGACUGAAUAGUUCUCUAUUGAUCAUCCUCGCAAAUAUAUAUCCCACACUCCACAUGUCGAUGGCGAACUCGUAGGUACAUUCACCCAAUAGGAGCUCAGGGGUACGGAAGCAUUGAAUCUCACUGAAAGGCUCCGUUACCUUUGUGCCCUGAAUGCGUGCGUGGUCGAAAUCGGUUAUUCGUAGAUCACAGUUGUGACCAAUGAGGAUGUUGGAUGGUUUCAGAUUGCAGUGCACCACGUUCGCUGAGUGAAUGUAUUUCAAUCCUCUCUGUAACAUUAAUUAGACCAAGCCGGAAGGAAAAGAAAAAAUGGGAUAAUCUGUUGGUGCGGGAAACUCCUUACAAGAAUUUGAUAGAGAAA